CUCUGGCUCCAUAGGCAAAAAUGAUAGGAAAACUGAAAAGCCUGUUUUAUGAGGUACCUAGCUGGAAUUAAAGUAGGACAGCUUCCUGAAAAACUACAUGGCAGAGCUUUUAACUCCUAGACAGGUGACACAAGCAAAUGAUGGUUUAUUUGCUUUCCUUGAGCAAGUCUUGGUGUGGCUGGAGAGUAUCAGGGCCUGUGAAGUGGGAAGAGUACAUUUCUCUGCAGUGCUGUCAUUGUUCCCAUCAGCACUGCGCUUCCCAUCAUCCUGCUGAGGGUGGAUGAACACAGUAGCAGGGUACAAUUCCAAUCCCACAGCACUUUUGUUCCAACAAUACACACGGGGUUAUUUAACUGUCGCAUGAUUUAGUUCAGUUGUGACACCUAACCAGAAACUUCCAUUGGGAACCAUUUCAGGAGGCAACUUUUUUUUCUCUAAGGAAAAAAGGCUGUGUUGCACUGAAGAAUUGGGACUUUAUUCCCCAACAAUCCAAGUUCCCAGUGGCUCCUGGAGAAGACAAAUGACUUCAGAAAUGCGGUAACCCCGUGCACAGCAGAGCAUCUGAUAAAUGGAUGCUGUGCAAGCAGACGGGGCAAACCACGGCCCACCGCGCACCCCACCGAUCGGCCUCCCCAAGCAGCUGUGGGGAAUCGCCCGAGUCACACACGGACUGGCGGCAGCGGCAGCCCGGCACCAGCGUCCCGGCCCAGCCCUUCCCGGCUGGUUCAGAGCUCGCGUCUGGCUCCGCGGGGCAGUGACACGCUCAGGCUUCCGGUGAAGGCCGGGUCCUCCCGCUUACGGAGCGUGAGGAAGCGGGCAGGCGCCAAGCCCCUCGCAGGACCCUCGGAGCGGGGGUGCUCCGCCGCUGCUGCAGGCUGCCGUGACCGGGAGCACCUCACGGCGCCCCCCGAGCCGCACCGCGCUCGGUCCCAGCCCGCCGGGACCCAGCAGCCGCCGGCACCGACAGCGCGUGCGCGCCUCCCGCCGGCCCCGUGACGUCACGCGCGGGGCUCGGCGUUCCUCCGUGUCCGCCUGGUUCCGCGGGAUCGCCGAAUAAUCGCUAUCACGCACCCGCCCCGCCGGGCCGAAGGGUGCUCGCUUCUCCAUCUCCAGAGAAGGACAUGGAAUAACACUGGUCUCAGAGAUGUGUUGUAGUUUACACAGAAGCAGAAGGCUCCCAAGGAGAAAGUGCUUUAUGAAAUACUGGUGUAAUGAACGGACCCUGCAAACCCUGCCUCGUUUGAGCAGUCUCACUGAUAUCAUCUGGUAGUUUGGACAGCUCACUGUUCUGAUGGCUCUGCCACCUCCGGAUCCACAGUUUGUGCUCAGAGGUACCAGUGCUCCAGUCCACACUCUACAUUUUUCCUGUGGAGGCCCAGAACCUGAUAUCCCCCUUCUUUUCUCUGGGUCUGAGAAUGGGUUUAUCCAUGUCUGGAACCUGAAAACACACAGAGUGGACACAGCAUUGGAUGGCCAUGGAAGAAAAUCUGUCUACUGCGUGGAGACAAUGGGUGGUAAAGACAGGCUUCUCAGUCAGGGACGCGACCAGAGGAUCUGCUUGUGGGAUUUAGCAGAGGGACGGACUUCAGUGACGGAUUCUGUCUUCACGGAGCAUAUGGGAUUCUGCAGAUGCUCUCUGUUAAAGGUGGCACAGGGACGCUGGCUAAUGGCCAUGGCAGCCAGAAGCCUGGAGGAGGUUCAGAUUUUGGAGCUGCCAUCCAAGACGUCAGUCUGUACCUUGAAGCCAGAGGUGGGUGCCAAGCUGGGCAUGCCCAUGUGUCUGAAGUUAUGGCAGCUCAGCUGUGGUUCACAACCUGUGCUUCUGGCUGGCUAUGAAGAUGGAUCAGUUGUCCUCUGGAAUGUGUCAAUGGGAAAAGCAUUGAGCCAACUCAGUUGCCACCAGGAGCCAGUGAUGAGCCUUGACUUUGACUCAGAGAAGGCCAAGGGGAUCUCAGGCUCGUCUGAAAAGGUGCUUAGCAUCUGGUGCCUCAAUGAGCAACAGAACCUCCAGGUUUACAAAACACACGAACUCGUCAACGCUGGCAUAUCUGAUAUCACCAUCCGUCCAGACAAGAAGAUUUUGGCAACAGCAGGGUGGGAUCAUCGCAUCAGGAUCUUCAGCUGGAAAAAGCUGAAGCCCUUAGCAGUGCUGGACUAUCACACAGCAACCGUCCACUGCGUGUCCUUCUCAGAUCACAGCAGCCCCUGGGACAGACUGCUGGCAGCUGGCUCCAAAGAUCAGCGCAUCAGUGUCUGGUCCAUAUAUGCUCAGACAUGACACAUCCUGCACUUCAUGGACUAGGACAACAGGACUGCUGAAGCCAUUCCUGGCACUGGAAUUCAAAUGUGCAUGUGACGAAAUGGUAGAAUCUGUCUCCAGGCUGAAGUGAGAGUCCUAGGUUAAUUCUUAUGCUGCUUGUUUAAGCUAUAAGUUUUGUCUUCCGUAGAGGAAAGUGGAUUUUUUAAAUUCGUAACAAGCAGAACAAAGCCAGUCACAAACAAAGACCAAAGUUGCUUUGGGUUCUGCUACAGGUUUUGCAACACCUUUCCUUUGGCAGGUUGCUGACAUAACUUGUGCCAAUAUCUUCUGUAAAGAAGGACUGGAAUCCCUCAAACUGCAGUGGGGGCAGAAUAUGUCUGUUUGUAAGUCAUUUAUGUAUCCAAGAAUCUGAAUCAGUGUAAAACAUCACUCUUUCUUGAAAAUUUAUACCCA